UGCAAUUGGGCGAGGCUGUCGGCGUAAUAGCCGCGCUCUCACGAGUUCAGACGGUCGCCGCCGCGUUUGCGCGUAGGGAGCUGGUUGCCGCUGCGGCCGCCUGGAAUUGUGGGGGUUAUCUCUGCCCCUCGGCUGCCGUGCGGGAAGCCGAAGGUCCCCAGAGCCUGCCUCCGUCUAGGAUGGCUCCUUUGGGCAUGCUGCUACUGAUGGCCUCCUGCUUCACCUUCUGCCUCAGUCGUGAGAACCCAAAGGAGUUUGCGCUAACCAAGCCAAAGAAGAGCAGCACCAAAGAAACAGAGAGAAAGGAAACCAAAGCAGAGGAGGAACUGGACACCGGGGUCCUGGAGGUGUUUCACCCAACGCAUGAGUGGCAGGCCCUUCGGCCAGGUCAGGCUGUCCCUGCAGGAUCCCAUGUGCGGCUGAAUCUUCAGACUGGGGCAAGAGAGGCGAAACUUCAAUACAAAGACAAAUUCCAAAAUAAUUUGAAAGGGUUGAAAAAAGGCAAAAGGCUGGACAUCAACACCAACACCUACACAUCUCAGGACCUCAAGAGUGCACUGGCAAAAUUAAAGGAAGGAGCAGAGAUGGAGAGUUCAAAGGAAGACAAGGCAAGGCAGGCUGAGGUAAAGCGUCUCUUCCGCCCCAUUGAGGAGCUGAAGAAGGACUUUGAUGAGCUAAAUGUUGUCAUUGAGACUGACAUGCAGAUCAUGGUACGGUUGAUCACCAAGUUCAACAGUUCCAGCUCCAGCCUGGAAGAGAAGAUUGCUGCACUCUUUGAUCUCGAAUAUUAUGUCCAUCAGAUGGAUAAUGCGCAGGACCUGCUUUCCUUUGGUGGCCUUCAAGUGGUGAUCAAUGGGCUGAACAGCACAGAGCCCUUGGUGAAGGAGUAUGCUGCAUUUGUGCUGGGGGCUGCCUUUUCCAGCAAUCCAAAGGUCCAGGUGGAGGCCAUUGAAGGUGGCGCCCUGCAGAAGCUACUGGUCAUCCUGGCCACGGAGCAGCCUCUCACUGUGAAGAAGAAGGUACUGUUUGCACUGUGCUCCCUGCUGCGCCAUUUUCCUUAUGCCCAGCAGCAAUUCCUGAAGCUGGGAGGGCUGCAGGUCCUGAGGACCCUGGUGCAGGAGAAGGACACAGAGGUGCUGGCUGUGCGUGUGGUCACCCUGCUCUAUGACCUGGUCACUGAGAAGAUGUUUGCUGAGGAGGAAGCCGAGCUGACCCAGGAUACAUCACCAGAGAAGCUGCAGCAGUAUCGCCAGGUGCACCUCCUGCCAGGCCUUCGGGAACAGGGCUGGUGCGAGAUCACCACCCACCUCCUGGCACUGCCUGAGCAUGAUGCCCGUGAAAAGGUGCUGCAGACGCUGGGCGCUCUCCUGGCCACCUGCCGGGACCAGUAUCGUCAGGACCCUGAGCUCAGCAGGAUGCUGGCCGGCCUGCAGGCUGAGUACCAAGCACUGGCCACCCUGGAGCUCCAAGAUGGCGAGCAUGAGGGCUACUUCCAGGAACUGCUGGGCUCUAUCACUAGACUACUGAAGGAGCUGAGAUGAGGCUAUUCCCCUAACACCGCAACUGGACUGUGAUGCUGCUAGUGAGGCUGAGGGGCGCCAGCUUAGGUGGCUCUUCAGGGGACAUCAGGUGGGAGGAAAGACUUCCCUGCUGGGGCAUGGACAUCAUCUGGGCCGUGCUAGGUUAGCCAUUAAAGAGAGACAUGAAGUCCCUUGUCUGUCUACUGUGUGUCUGUGCAGACUGGGCACAGCCCUGUGGCUGGGGGCUGUGUCUGGGAGCCUCCAGGGAGUUAGGUGAGUCAUUGGUGAUGGGCCCCCAAAGGCCCCCGGUGACAUGCUGGAUGUUCAGCCCAGGGUAUCUGGUAACAAGCUCCAUGGGAAGGGUCCAGGUUGGAAACUCUGACUCCUUACCGUGAGCAGCUCUGUGAUCU